AUGGAUGCAAAAUUCGGAGCGUUCGACGAGGUCGAAGUCACCUACAAGACUGUUGGGGGCACGCCUCUCAAGACAAGUAUCCUCAUACCUAAGAAUACCGAGGGCAAAAAGUGCCCCGUUUUGGUUCACUUCCAUGGUGGAGGGCUUAUAGUUGGUGACAAAAUGAUUGUCCAACUUGCGGAAUCUCACGGAGCCAUAAUAGUCACUCCAAAUUAUCGACUGAUCCCUGAGGCCAAGGCUAUCGAUAUUCUUGAUGAUGUGAAGGAUUUCUGGAGCUGGCUCCAUUCCUCGUUGCCUAAUGAAGUGGAAAGGGUCCGUAAAGGCCUAUCCCCACAGCUUUCUAAGAUUGCCGUCGCUGGUGAAAGUGCUGGUAUGCAUCCAAGCGAUACUCACUAG